AUGGCGAUCAGCGAGUCUGAACGACGGGCUUUCCAAAAAGAUGGGUUCUUGCUGGUGGAGAAUCUCCUCGAUGCAGAAGCGGCUGCCGAGCUCCGGAGUCACUUCGCGGAGCUCUUCGCCGGGAAGUUCCCAACUGGAAUCUACCCCGACGAGUGGCACUGGCGGGAGGGCAUUUCCAAGCCGGACAAGUUCCGAGAGAUUGUGAACGCAUGGAAGUCGUCGCCGCUCGUGGCAGCGGUGGCGCUGAGGGCGCGGACUGCACAGCUCGCGGCGGAGCUGAUGGGUUGGAAGAGCACUCGCCUGGGUCAGGAUGACGUGCUCUGGAAGCCUGCAGGUGCAAGUGGUGUGGGUUAUCAUCAGGACAGCGCGUACAUUUCGCAGAACUUCGUUCCCGUGGCGGAGAAUUCCGUCACCGUCUGGAUAGCGUUGGACGACGCCGAUGCGGAGACGGGCGUGGUCGAGUACGCCGUGGGCUCUCACCGGUGGCCAGCUGCCAAAGCUUCGGCCGGGGACUCGGCCUUCCAUGGCGCGGAGGACGAGCUCUCUUCCGUGCGUGCGGCAGCGGCCGCCGCCAAGGCGGAGCUGGAGAUCAAGCGCCUCAAGGUGCCCUGCGGCGCCGCCGUCUUCCAUCACCAGGACGUCUGGCACGGCUCGGGCCCGAACACGACCAAGGAUCGGCCUCGGAGGGCCUUGGGCGUCCAUCUCUUGAGAGGCCUUCCGUUCGGCAGGCCCUCUGCGCAGGACUACAUCUACGGCCGCUACGUGCUGGCAGAGGGAAGCUCGGAGGUCAACGAGCAGUUCUUUCCCAUCCUCUGGUCGGGGGAAGGCCCGUUCUGGGGUUGUUUCUUCUUGAAGAGGAAUAGCAGAGCUUAUCAUGAGUUUUUUUGUUUGAGUUUCUUGCUUCUAUGGUGUGUGUGUGUACAUAUAUAUACACACAUGUGUGCUUUAUGUUUGCUUUGGAGUUUGUGA